AUGGAGGACGCCCCGACGAUCUCGGCGAUCAAGGACAUCGACGACAUCUUUGGCGAGUCCAGCGCAGCCUUGACGGCUCCAUUAGACGCAUCGGUCGACCUGCUGCAGGGCGACCUUGGGCCAUCGACGGCUACAUGGGACUCGGUGGCGCCAAGCGCCGCUGCGCCCGACGCCUUUGGCGCGCCGGCCACUGACGCCACGACUGGGCGGCUCUCGUGGGGCGACGAUCUCGUCGAGUUCAUGUCGACAGGCAGCAGUCACGCCGCGCCGGUCGCGGCUCCGGCGCGCGAGAGCAUGUGGGACGAUUUCCUCGGUCUCUCGCAGCCGGCGGCGACCACGGUCGCGCCCGUCACGCACGACCUCAACUUCUCGGACGAUCUGCGCGAAUUCUGGGUCCACUCGCCCCGCGCGCAGCCUCCAGCCACGGCGUCCUACGACUUUAUCGCGCUCGACUCGCCGGCGCCCGCAGGGCCCGAUCCGUUCGCGGCCGACGCGUCGUCGCAAGGAAUUCUCUUACCCAGUGCGUCGUCGUCGUUUCCGUCACAGCCCGAGUACGCACCCAGCGUCAUGGCGCCGUCCGCCUUUGAGAUUCCGUCGCCUGUCCACAACGAGUCGGCUAUUGAAGCGACCUUUGUUGUGUCCGACUCGCCUGCCGCCGCCGACGAGACGACCGAGCUCUCCUUUGCAGCAACUUUGAACGUCCCGAUGGACUGCGAUUUCCAGGAUGGUGCAGCCCCCGACGAGACGACCAACGUCGGUAUCGAGACCGACGAACAAGACAGCAGCGAGAUCGACGUGGCGACUGCCGCCAGUGAUGACAACGCUUCGACGAUGAUCGGCAACGAUGUUGAUGGCUUCCUCGAGGCUGCAACAUACAGUGACGCCAGCGUCGUCACGGCGGACUGUGCGCCUUGCGAUGACAGCGCCCUGGCAUCAGCGCCGGUCAUCGGCGAGGACGUCGGUGGCUUUCUCGACGAUGACGAAGAGACCGACACUGCCACUAGUGUUCUCGAUGCGCCUGCUGCCGUUGCAGUUGGCGACGACGUCGCUGCGGUGCCUCCGACGCCUCUGACCAUGGACGACAAAGACAGUACGGUCAUAGAUGAUGCGGUCGUGAGCAAGGAGUCCAUCAACGCCCUGUCCAGCGAUAGCACUGGCGUAGACCUUGUCGAAGAGCACACCCUGCACGACCAAGUACCCGAUCACGAUGCGGCUCACCACGACACCGACGGCGCUGCACCGCUCGAGCCGGCCGCAACGGCGGAUGAAGUACACUAUGAUGACGCCACUCACGACAGUACCGACGACAAUCAGGUCCCAGAACCGACGUUGACCACCGCUCUCGAGCCCGAGGAAGUGUCAUCGCUGCGGUGUGAUGACGAGAACAUUUCCGCACCGACGCACCUUGUCGACGCUACCGCGGGCCAGUUCUCCAUUGACGACGACGAGGAGGCAGGAGUCGUCGUCCAAGUUGCCGUCGAAGAAGCUGAAGUCAUCGAAGCAGCAGACGUCAUCGAAGCAGCAGAAGUCAUCGACGACGGAGUCGGCGUGCCCACUAUGACUACUGCCUCGGUCGACACCGCCGCGUUUGCGACGGCCGAGGAUGACACCAUUUCUACGACAUCGACUGCGAUGUCGGUCGACGCGGGCGCGCCGACAACGGCCACCGAUGACGAGACAACUGUUCUUCCAACCGACGACGCCGGUACGCUUGGCUACAAUGACAAUGUGUCCAACUUUGCGACGGAAGACAGCCACUCGGUGUACCAAGACCUAGUGAGUCCCGUGUCGCAGGUCGUGUCGCACCUCGACGCGUACGAGGACGUCGGGCUUUCUGACGACGACGGGUACGUGGCGUUCAGCGAACCGUCGUCGCCCGACCGGUUCGCAGCAGUGAGCAACGUCUCGAGCCCGGCAGGCCACAGCUUCUUCUCGUUCAUGAACCCAGCCGAUAACGAUGCGACCGAGACGUUGACGUCCGAGGCUGGCGACGACGUCUCCAACAUGGCCACGGAGGACAGCCGCUCUGUGUACCAAGAUCUCGUGAGCCCUGCGUCCGAGCGCGAGCUGGACGACCCGAUGAUGAUGGUAGCGCCGUCACCGUCGGCGUCGACAGUCGAGUUUACCGUCACGAGCUCCGUGGACGAUGACGACGAAGAAACGACGACCGACUGGACAGCAUCCAACUCGGACCAAACACUCUCGGUCGGGAGCCCUGCCGCGCACCACGAAGCCCUUGAUGCGGCAUUUGCCACAUCGACGACCGCCAGUGCCCCGUCCGACGACGACCUUGUCGCGGAGAAGACGGCGACGGACGACUGGGCGGCACGAGCGUCGACUCCUGACGCUGCACUCGACGCGGCGGCUCUGAACGACGACACCACGCCCGGUGUCAACACAGCGGGCGCAACCAGCGACGCCGGUGAAGUCCCGAUCUUUGCCGAACCGGUUGCACCAGCCGUCGAUGAGCCAAUCGAGGCGCCAGAAGACUAUACAAAUAGCACUGUGGAAGCCCCAAUCGUCGUCGCGUCGCCGAGCGAGUGGGUGGAUUCUUCGGCUGCUGACUUCUCCGUUGCUGGCGACACGGACUUCUCGGUUGCUGCCGACACCGACGUCUCGACGUUUGUCAAUGACACAACAGUGAUCUCGUUCGAAGCGUUUACAGCCAGCUCGUGGCAGCAGAGUACCACGGAGGUGCAGCAGGAAGACGACACGGCCGUGUUCUCAAUCGACGAUGCAGUGUCACCCGUCGCGUCAAACCCGUGGCUCGAGCAAAACGCACCGGUUGACGACGCACCAUCCAGCACGAGCCCUCAUUCGGCCAGUGGCAACGAUGUCGCCGCCUUUGAGACCGAGUCGACGACGGUCGUCGCCGACAAUACGUUUUCAACACAUGACGACGACGUCGGUGGGACGUCGAAUCCGUGGCUUCAAGAGCCAGUGCCCGACGAGACGGCCACCAACCCGUGGCUUUCCGCUGCCGACACAGACCGAGCCCCGCACGACUCGACCCUCGACGACGGCAACCCGUGGUUGCAGUCCAGUCCCCCGCCGGCGCAACCGACCAACCCGUGGCUAACGACCACCACCAAGAACGACGACGACGACGAUGGGUUUGAGAACCUGUGGGCGACCGCACCUGCCGUGCCAGCCUUAUCGGCAGCAGCAAGCAACCCGUGGUUCACUGCGCCUGCCGCCCCGACGCCGGUGGUCGCGACGACGGGGAGCAACCCGUGGCUACCGUCGACGCCCGCCGUCCCGUCGUCUACUUCAACCGACAGCUGUGCGUGGUCGCCACCCGCGCCGGCCGAUUUGGGCAACACCGCGCCGUGGACCGAGCGCGCUGCGGUUGUCCGCACGGUGGCUACGAACGCAACGUCGUCGUGGCUGAGCGCGGGCGCUGCCAAGGUGCAGCAAGAGACGCCGGUGGACGACGACUUUGGUGACUUUGUGGCCGUGGAGAAGGCGCCAGCGAAUGAGUGGGCGACGUCCGCCCCGGCGAAUGACGGCGGCUGGGGCGCCCAGUCGUCGGCGUGGGCUGGCAACGACGACGACGACGACGAUGCGUUCGGUGACUUUGGCGAGCAGGCCGACGACGAUUUCGCAAGCUUUGAAGCGCCCGCGACGAGCGCGGGAUUCGCCUCGAGCUUUGACUCCUUUGCGCCACCCGCCGCCACGCCGCCGGUGGCUACCGCCGAGGCGUUGUUUGCGGCGGCGUUUCCGGUACCAGCAGCAACGCCGACCGAGUCACUUUCGAUGCUGACGACCCAAGACGUGCUCGGUUCGAUCGACUUUGAAAGCACGCAGAAACCGGUGGUGUGCUCAGCCUUGCUCGACCCGCUGACGGCGUCGCUCCGGUCGACGCACAUUGUCAUCGACUCCAACACGACGCGGGACCAUGACGUCGCGUUUGGCCUCAAGCAGGCCAAGUUUGCGCUGACCCAAAAGGUCCAAGAGGCGGUGGUGCGCCACGGCCUCUUCCUCGAGCACUCGCCCGCGUACGCAGCGCACCAAGCGCAGCUCUGCUCCAACGACAAGACGGUCAUUCUCGAUGGCCUCCACUCGCUCCAGGCGGCGCUGUUUGCCGACGCUGCGACGAAAGCGAUGCUCUCGAUCGCCGAGCAAGCCGCGCUCUCGGCGCAGGCGUCGAUCGCCGAGCAGUCGAAAGACGCGAGUAAAGGGUCGUCACUCACGCGGCAGUUCCUCAACUGGUCCAAGCCCGAUACGGCAGCCGACGACAGCAAAGCUGCGUUGCGCGUGCUCACACCGACGGGUGCGUCCAUCUCCAAGCUCCAGCGCACAUCGUUUGCGACGACGGCGUCGGCCAGCGGUGACGGUGACCGGCACUCGGGGUCGGAAGCCGAGUGGGAGACGGCCAGUGAUGGUGGUACCGACGAAGCCGGGCCGCGCAUGACACGGACAGCGUCCGGAUCGCUCGUGCCUGCACCGACGUCGUCGUCGUCCGGUCUCAUGAAGAAGUUUUCGUCAAAAUUGGGCUUCUCGGGGCUCCGCACCGGGUGGAGCAAACCUUCGACCAAGACAUCGACGUUGACGUUGCGGCGCAAGGGCGACAAGGCGACACGGACGCUCGAGCUGCAGCUCGAGUCGAUUUCCGGUGGCUUUGACGAGAUCAAAUGGAAAUGCGCACUCUUCCUCUUUGAUGCAGACGAGGUCGCGUCGACCGCGCCGUCGCAAAUUCAAGUCUUCUCGAGCUCGGGGGCGAUCCUGUCGUCCAAGACCGACAAGGGCGCCGUCCAAAAGCUCUUCAAGGACAAGGCGAGUGUCUGGACGAUCGACAUUGGUGCGUCGCGCGAGUCGACGGAAGAGUAG